AUGGCACUGUCGUUUGAGAGGAACUUGAUUCUUACACUUGUGUUAGUUUUAGGGAUUUGUUCGUCUCUUGAAGCUUCCCGCAGUCUCCAGGGAGCAUCCGUGGCUGAGAAACACGAGCAAUGGAUAGCCCAGUACGGACGUGUGUACAAAGAUAAUGUAGAGAAAGCAACUCGGUUCAAGAUAUUCAAGGAGAAUGUGGAGUUUAUCGAAUCUUUCAACAUUGAAGGGACUCGGCGUUACAAGCUAGGUGUAAAUGAAUUUGCUGAUAUGACAAAUGAAGAGUUUCGUGCCUCUCGUAACGGAUACAAGACGUCCCUCCAGAAAAAGUCUGCUACAGGCUUUAAGUAUGAAAAUGUAACUGCAGUUCCUACAAGCAUGGACUGGAGAAAGAAAGGAGCCGUAACCGGAGUCAAGGAUCAGGGCCAAUGUGGCUGCUGCUGGGCAUUUUCUGCUGUUGCAGCCAUGGAAGGAAUCAACCAACUAAAAACACGCAAAUUGAUUUCAUUGUCUGAACAAGAACUAGUGGAUUGCGACGUAAGUGGUGAAGAUCAAGGAUGUAAUGGUGGACUAAUGGAUGAUGCAUUCAAAUUCAUAUUACACAACCAUGGCCUCACCACUGAAUCUAAUUACCCCUAUGACGGAACUGAUGGCACGUGCAACAGCCAGAAAGAAGCUUCACGUGCAGCUAAGAUCACUGGCUAUGAAGAUGUCACCGCUAACGAUGAAUCUGCAUUAUUGAAAGCUGUGGCUAGUCAGCCAGUAUCCGUAGCUAUUGAUGCCAGUGGACUAGCUUUUCAGUUCUACAAAAGUGGUGUUUUUACUGGAUAUUGUGGGACUAGCUUAGACCAUGGUGUUACAGCAGCAGGGUACGGGACGAGUGAAGACGGGACAAAGUAUUGGUUAGUCAAGAACUCAUGGGGAACAAGUUGGGGUGAAGAGGGAUAUAUCAGAAUGGAAAGGGGCAUUGAUGCUAAGGAAGGACUAUGUGGUAUUGCAAUGGAAGCUUCCUAUCCAACUGCUUAG